CCGAAGUCUCGGGCACCAAGUUGCGUUCGGUACAGCCCCCCCACUCCUAUCUCCUACCCCCCACUAGCUCAGCUCGUCUCGUCGCCUGCGAGUCCCCGUCUGAUCCCAGCACGCUUCUUGCAGCUUGGGACCACCUCGUCGACGCCGGGCAGUCCCGUCCGCGUUCGGACGAGCGAUGGAGCAGAGGAGCGAGAGGCAGGACGACCAGCCGCUGCCGUGCGCCAACGGCUGCGGCUUCUUCGGCUCUGCCGACACCCGCGGCCUCUGCUCCGUGUGCUACCGCGACAGCCUCCGCCAGGCCGUGAUGUCCCAGGCGCCGGCGUCGUCGUCGGCCUCGGCCGCGUCAUCGCCCGUGGACCAUGGGGCAGUGGCGGCGGCGGUGCUGCCACUGGACGAGCCGCAGGACGCGGUGGAACAGCCUACCCCGCCACCGCGGGCGAAGGCGAAGAAGAGCAGGUGCGCGGCGUGCGGGAGGAGCGUGGGGCUGAUGGGGUUCGAGUGCCGGUGCGGCGGCGUGUUCUGCGGCGCGCACCGCUACUCGGACAGGCACGACUGCGGCUACGAUUACAGGGGCGCUGGGCGCGACGCCAUCGCCCGCGCCAACCCUGUCGUCAGGGCCGACAAGGUCGACAAGCUCUGAAAAAAAAGGCUACUGCUCUGCCUUGCCACCAUUGCCUUUGCCGAACCGAAUGCACCGGUAGUUCGGUUGCAAAUCUGCAUGUAAGAUGUUACUAGUAUGAUAUUUGUAGAGAUUGGAAAUUGAUGGUCUGUGUGGCUUAUUUGAGCUCGCUGGUAGCUCCAGUGCUCAACUUGUGUGGCAUGAAAGCACUUUCAUCUUCUAAAAUACUAUCAUUCAGGGUCCCUUUGAAACAAACAAAUGUGGAUAAAUUUAGUAGGUUAGUAAGAUUCUCCAAAUCUUAUAGCAAAUUUCCUAUUUAGCCAUUUGAAACAAAGGAUUGGGACUGUAGGAUUCCUCCGAACGUACUAGUGCAUAUUGAUU